CCUCCGCGCGGUCCCCCGCCGAUCUUGAUCAUGAAAAGUCGUCAUUUCGCGCAAUUAGUACCAAUUUGGAUCACCUGCAAAGAGCACAUCACCUUGACGCACGACCGUCCGCAGCCUCAACUCACUCUUCGCUCGCUGUCGCUCCGUGAACGCCGCUUUCGGGGAAGUGAAAAUGUGCGCGAGAAAGGGAUAAAAUGCUGGCGAUAUUCUGGAUUUUCUUUGUUGACGUAUCAAGCUUCCCGUACACCACCGGCUGCUCCCUCACCACCCCUCAGCACCUAACCUGCGUGAAUUUUCUACCCUCGCCGGAGCAAGACUUUCCCCCGAAUUUGACCACUCUAGAACUAAAAGAUAUUCAGCAGGAUGACCUCGACUUGCACUACAUGCUGACGAAGUAUCCCGAAGUAGAAAACGUUUCGAUCUACGAUGGCAACAUCAGCAGGAUUAUGUCACCCACACGUGACAACAAAGUCAAAGUGUUGCAGCUUGUUCGUGUCGGGGUUGAAAAUAUCGGUAACAAGUUCCUCCGGAAUUUUCCGGAACUAGAAAGUUUGAAUCUUCAGGGGAACCACCUGCAGAGGUUGGGGGAUAUUUCGGUUCCUAAGUUGAAGAGUCUGUUUUUGGCAGGCAACAGAUGGAACUGUUCGUUAGACUUGGCCUGGGUUUCCCAGUUAAACCAAAGCGUCGUCAAAGACCUCAAAAACCUAACUUGCUUCGGCGUCCCCUACGCCAAAAGAAACCUACUAACCAUAGCCGGUUUCACAGAAGACUUGAAAAAACAGUGCCCUAGUUACUGUUCGUGUACUUUGCCCAAAGUGUACGAAAAAUGGGGUUCCCACGAACGUCUAGAGCCCGUCUUUGAAGUCAACUGUUCGUACAGAAGCUUAACCCAACUACCUCUGAAUCUACCCCCUAAAAGCCGAAUAAUCAGACUAGAGGGUAACGAAAUCGAAGAUCUGAAGCCGCUGAAGCACGAUCCUGUGUACAAAAAAGUCUUCGAUUUGUAUUUAGACAAUAACAAAGUGAGAAGCAUUGAGGAGUUGGAAGGGUCGUACUUUUUGAAGCACUUUCGGGUGUUUUCUCUGAGUGGGAAUAGACUGACUGAGGUUCCGACGUACGCUCUGGAUAACGCUCUGGAACAAAACAACCACAUGCCCAACGCGCUUAGUCUCUUUCUUGGGGGAAAUCCGUGGAGGUGCGAUUGUGUUUUCACACCUGUGUUUCAAGAAAUGCUGCAGAAAUUCGCCCCCCAGAUUCAAGAUCUCAGGGAAGUUAAGUGCUCGUACGUCGAGGGUGACGAAAAUUCGCUACUACCAAUUAUUGAAUUAUCCAGAAGUUCUGUGUGUAGAUCUCCCACGGAAUAUUCAGUUCAAGCUCUGGACUUACUGAAUGGGGUUUUGGCCAGUCUGAUUUUGCUAAUUUUGGGCAAAUUGGCCUACGAUUAUUAUUACUUUAAGAAGACGGGGCGACUGCCGUGGAUCGUAACGAAAAUGCCCUAGUCAUGCAUUUUGGGAGAUUUUGUGAUUAAAUAAUUGUAAAUACGUAAUGUAAAUAAAGUGUUUUUAUUCGUUUUA